AUGUCUUCUAAACUCAUUGCUAUUGUUGCUGGCGUAGGACCUGGUACUGGAGCAUCGGUCGCCCGUAAAUUCGCACAGACGUAUCCAGUCGUGCUGCUUGCACGGAAACCCGAGAACUACGAAGGCUUGGCCCAAGAAAUCAAUCAAAGCGGUGGAAAGGCACUUGGUAUCAGCACGGAUGUGGCCGACUCGAAGAGCGUGAAAAACGCGGUGCAGAAAAUAAAGGAAGAAUUCGGUAAUGAUGUUGGCGCUGCUGCGGCUAUCUUCAACGCAAGUGGAGGAUUCCUGCGCACACCCUUUCUGGAACUUCCAGAGGAUGUCUUCACCACGUCCCUGAAAGUCAGUGCGAAUGGCGGGUUCAACUUCGCACAAGCGGCACUGCCGCUGCUCCUGAAGGGCGUGGAGCAGAAGUCCAAGUAUCCCCCGUCUUUGAUCUUCACCGGUGCAACAGCUUCGGUCAAGAGUAACGCUCAAAUGGCCUCAUUCGCAACUGGAAAGUGGGCUUUACGGGCUCUAAGCCAGUCUCUCGCCAGGGAGUUUGGUCCAAAGGGCGUGCAUGUUUCUCAUGCGAUCAUCGAUGGUGUCAUUGACAUUCCGAGGACGAAGGAAUGGUUGAAAGAUCUGGGACCUGAGGCUAAGCUGUCUGCUGAUGCGAUUGCCAAUGACUAUUGGUGGCUUCAUACGCAACCGGUGACGAAUUUCACCUGGGAGAUAGACCUCCGCCCCGCUAUCGAGAAGUGGUAG